CCCCGAGUCUCCCACAGUCUUGAUGUCACUGUGAAAGUGAAUCGCGCAUGUCGCUGCUGCUCCACUUUCUCUCUCCCACCAGAGACUCUUUCUCCUUGAUUCGAUUUGCUCUGUGAAUCAUCACGUUUGCUCUGUGAACAUCUCCGCCAUGGACUCCCAAAAAGAAGCCCUGCACAGGAUAAUUACUACAUUAGCCAAAAGAAAGGAGGAACUGCACACUUUCAUUGAAACACUCAGGUAUUCCCUAACAAGUCUGCAGAGCAACACCUCGCAAGUGCUGUCUGAUCUAGAAGAAGAGUUCGACACGUUAUUUUCCAUUCUGUAUGAGAUGAAAGAGAGCAUGGCCAACACAGUGAAACAGGAGCAGACACGGAAAAUGCAGGAGCUGCAGAAUCAGCUGACUCAGAGCAGCGGUGCAUUGGAGAGCUCGGGCGAGCUGUUAGCCUUCGCCAACAAUGCAAUGCUCAUCAGAGAUGGAGAGGACUUCACGAAGGCCGCCAAACACAUCAGAGAUAGGGUGACUGUGGCUCCAGCGUUCCGUCACACCAUGAAGCUGAAAGCUACAGCGAACAUGUCGUACCUGAUGGUCGAUUUCUCUGAAGAGAGACGAAUGCUGGAAAAGCUUAGCUUUCUUCCCGUGCCCAGAGCACCAGAGAUUGAUGUGACGGGCUGCCUUGUUACCGACAACACAGUGACAGUUGCAUGGAGAAUGCCAGUGGAAGACAGCAAGAUCGAUCGCUAUAUUCUGGAGUAUCGGAAAACAAAUCACGAAGGACUGCCUAGAGUGAAAGACGAAAACUGCUGGGAGGUGGUGGAUGAUGUGAAGGUUACAAAAUUCACACUGACAGGGUUAAAAUUUGAUUCUGAGUUCAUGAACUUCCGUAUACGAGCAUGCAACAAGGCAGCAGUUGGAGACUACUCUGAUCCCGUCACCUUAGAGACAAGAGCUUUUAAUUUCAACUUGGAUGCCACAUCCUCACACCUCAACCUGAAAGUCGAGGACCAAAGGGUUGAAUGGGACCCACAGUCUGGCAAACUGGAAAGCAAAGUCAAAGGCAAAGAGAACAAGGGCAGUGGUGGAACAGCAUCACCCAGCAGAACCAGGCCUACCUCACGAGCACCUGCACCGAGGGGGAGAGACCGGUUUACUGGGGAGUCUUACACAGUACUGGGUGACAAAAGUAUUUCCAGUGGACAGCACUACUGGGAAGUGAAGGCAAUGAAGGACUAUAAGUCUUAUAGUGUGGGAGUGGCCUACAAGAACUUCGGCAAGUUUGACCAGCUGGGGAAGACGAACAGUUCAUGGUGCAUCCAUGUCAACACCUGGCUACAGACAUCUUUAGCUGCCAAGCACAACAACAAGACGAAAAGUCUUGAAGUCCCAGUUCCGGAUGGGAUUGGCGUCUGCUGCGAUUUAGACAGAGGUCAGCUGUCCUUUUACAAUGCAGAAAAUAAACAGUUACUCCACACAUUCAAGACUAAAUUCAUCCAGCCUGUUUUACCCGCUUUUAUGGUGUGGUGUGGAGCGCUGGUGCUCUCCACGGGCUUGCAGGUUCCCAGGGUCAUUGGGGGCGUCCAGAAGACUGACAAGGUCUCAGAGGCUCCAGCGGCCCCAGCGGCCACUGUGGCACCGAGAUUUAGCUGACAGAAUCUCACUUCCUAAAUCCUCGCAAGGCGCGCCCCUUCUGUCAGCUUUUGACGGCCUGAGUGGCACAAAUGAGAGCCGCAUAAUCAGGAAUGCUGUCUAACGAAUGAGGGAGUAUAGAGCAAGAGGGAGCUUAAGAAGGAGCUUUUUUACAGUUUGUGAAUCAACCAGCCUAUGUGUAUUUGUACUAUUUAUACUGUAUAAACAGUAAGUCUCUUUUCAGUGUAUAUGUGUGUGUGUGUGUGUUAUGUACAGUUUAUAUUACAUUGUGGGGACAUUAAUGUGAUAAAAAAUCUUUUAUAUUUUAUUACAUUUUUUUGGGCCCCACAAAGAGAUUUUUUAUUUAAAAAAAAUCCGUGACUGCAAUGAAAAAACUAAAAAUCAAAAGUCCUGUUUUUUAUUUGGUUACUUAUGGUUACGUUUAGGGCUGGGUAGGGUUAAGGUUGUCAUUGUUGGGAUUAGUGUUUUUCCAAAAGAAAUUAACAGACAGUCCCAACACAGAUAUCAAUACAAAUGUGUGUGUGUGUGUGUGUGUGUGUGUGUGUGUGUGUGUGCGUGUGUGCGUGUGUGUGUGCGUGUGUGUGGAACUGCAGAGGUGGAAAUUUCAGGUCCAGAAAGUAAAACUCCAGUAGAAGAUUUUGUUUCAACCAACCAUUUGAGUAUAAAGAGUCACAGUCACAGAGGACUCAGCUGCUUGGUUGAAGCAAAAUCUUGGACUGGAUUUUUACUUUCUGUGCCUGAAAUUUCAACCUCUGCUGAACAGUAUCCAGAUACUGUACUCAGUACUUGAAUAUAUGUUAAAAAAAAUGUUUCUCUAGAUGCUCUGCUCCAUCACUAGAGCAGUACUCAGAUACUGUACUCAGUAUUUCACCAGACAGUCUUCAUUCUGGCUGGAACAAACUGCAGACAUCACAGAAGAUUAGUAAGGCAACAUUUUGACAUUUAUAUGUUUCUUUUUUUGUUGUGCUUGCAUGACCCACGACCUGAAACUCUCACCAUUUUUCUUGAAGCACAAAUAUGAAUGUGCCUUUGGAUUAUAGCAGGGGUCACCGACAUGGAAAGCAUGUUUCUUAUACAUGAAGUUUAGAUAAGUUUAGGAGGGCGUUUGAAACUGGUAGCCCUUCAUAUAGCUCAGUACUCGUGAAGUAGCUCUCAGUUUCAAAAAGAUUGGUGACCCCUGGAUUAUAGAAUAUGAGCCUUUGAACUGAGGGCCGUUGAGCAGAUUUUCAUCAAUCACAGUGUUCCCAAUAAUUAUUAAAAUGUUGUAUAAACCAGGAGAAUUAAUAACAAUUAUAUUUCAUUCCAAAUAAUUGUAAUUAUGCAAUUUUAACAACAGAACUCACAGUUGGGAUGACAUUACUUUAAAGCUAAAUGGAACUGUGUAUGAUCAGCCAUGCUGUACUUGGCAGUCUGAGACAAGCUGAUCACAUGACUGAUCACAUGACUCUUUCUCCUGCUCAACAAGCUGGGCCGGCCCUCCUCAUUUACCAACAACACCAAACAUUCCAGUGAUCUAUUUUGGUGCCUUUGCCAGGGCUGACGUGCACUGAACUGUACAGCUUUGUCUAGGAGCAGCAGGCACAGGCAGAUGAGCAAACAUUUCUGUCAGAGAGCAACGUGGGAUUGCAGACGAUGCCUUCAGCUAUGACACACCAUCAUACUUCCACAAGCCGGAAUUCUUGUGGAGUUUCAUAGGUGCUACACAUAUAGACACCCCAAGGCCAACCUCUGUGUUUUCUGCUGCCGAUGAUGCGGGCAGAUUUAAGGAGAUGGCCAGCCGCUUGUCAUUCCUACCAUGACACCUAGGAAUGACGACACUGCAUGGGAUCCGCCAUGGCACCCCUGAAAAUAUACCUAGUACAAGUGCAUUUUCAAAACAUACAAGUUAGACCAGUGACCUCAUUUCCAGUUAAAAGUACACGUUUAGCUGAGCAUGACACUGCAUGUUCACAUCUAUUAUACACAUCCUUGGCACAGUGAUCGGUGAGAAUGAGCCCUAAAAUUUUAAAUGGGUUGCCUUCUUAGGGAAUGAUGAGAUCAGUUUGCUGCACAUCACCCAAGGAAUAACUGGAGUGUUCAUGAAUAUCCUGUCUUUGUAUAUAUCUUGUGAAUAAAGCGGUUAUUUUUUUUGGACUAAAUUAGGCUGAUGGUACUAAAUGUGGAAUCACACAGUGGGUUUAAUCCACAGAUUUCUUAACUUUAUCCUUGUAAAGAAAAACACUAUGUCCAUUGAGAAGAAUGGCAGAGAAAGAUUGUAGAUGUAACAAAGUUCACUGAACCCUGAUAAGUUAAUUAAAUUCAUUACCUUUUACAA